AUGAGUGCUGAUACUUUGUGGAUACGAUAUGUCGAGUGCAAGGAAGUCAGGAUUCUCGAUGAGAACACCCACUGCUGCGAUUGUGGAAUAGAGUGGUUUGGCUUCUCUCAGCCACUACUAGGUUCCAUCUUCUCGAACAAAGACAUGGAUGAUCAUAUUGAUGAACAGGACUCUGACGAAGAACAAGCUUCUGACCAAGACGAUAGCUCUACAGAAGAUGAAAGUGAGGACGAAAAUGAGAGUGAGGAAGAAAAUGAGAGUGAGGACGAAAAUGAGAGGUCUCCAAAGCAUGUCUCACUGCCCAUGAGGGGACGGCUCGAUUGGGUAAAGGAAGCUCAUGGCAGUAUAUGUCUAUUGUCGCAUCACAUGUGCAGUAGCCCAGAUGACGAGAUGCUUCAUGUACUCGCCGAAGACGCUAAGACGGACCGCGACGACCCAGUCUCUAAAUCCUGUACCAUUCUGACUGGAGAUAUUACUUCAAAAAAUCUCCGAGAUGUGGAAAGGUUUGCCGAAGAGUUCGACAACUAUGGCGUCUAUGGGCUUUGA